CAAUACUGAACAAAGUCGCACAGCCGUAGGUCGCAGGCUCCGUGGACAGUUGCAAGGCAGUUAUUUUCUGGAAUGCACUUUGUUGGUUUUAGGACUAAUUACAAGUCACGGUGUGUACAGCAUCUAGGUUUCAUCCGCCCCUGCCUAAGUAGUGAAAAACUGCAGCACAUGAGAGUUCGCACAAAAUACUUUUAAAAAAUAAAUUCCUGGUCUGCUCCUCCCAACCACAUACCAGUACUUACGAUUCCGUUUCAACAUCCAAGCAACUCCACUCGUCAGAUGUAAGGACCGAGGUUAGGCAUUGGAGGAUGUUACAGUACUGUACAGUAGGAGCGACCGAACCCUAAGCAGAUCCCUCGUUCUCCCCGCGAAUCUCAGUUUUUCUCAAACGGACCAGUUGCUUCGCUGGCCAGUCCGUAUCGUUUUUCGGGGGUUCAAACAAAAAUUUCAGUCACCAGAUCGUUUCCGCGAACGAGCAUUCCGAAAACGAAUGUUCCUCAGACGGUUCCGCCGUGGAGGCAGCGCGGAUACAGCCGCUACUACCGCUAGCAGCUGUUCAGAAAACCGCGGCCCCGCAUCAUGGCGAACUGUCGCGGAAGCGCGGUGAGAGACGACUCGGUCAUUACGGAGGCGAACGAGAAAGACGAGGAGCAGCGAAGGCUGAUUGUCAUGGAGGCGGCGAGUCAGCGAGUGGCGAACGAUGCUAUGGCGGCACCGGGGGGAGCGUUGAGUCAGCGAGGGGCGAACGACGGUAUGGCGGCAACUGGGGUAGCGUUGAGCCAGCGAGGCGGUGAGGGGGAGAAUUUCUCGGAUAAGCUGAUGCAUUUCGACCUAGAUUCCUCCGAGGCGUCUUUUCCCACGGGCGACUCCACAGGCGAAACGGGUAACGACGACUUGGCGAUAGAUAUCGCCGACGUGUCCUGCUGUUGCUUCCCCAGAUUUAGUAGUCGGUCCAGUACGCGAACCAGCCGCGACGCCGGUUCCGCCUCCUCUUCCGCCGCCGCCGGCGCAGCCAGCGCAGACGCCGGCGCAGCCACAGGGUGCUUCCCAGGCGCAAGGGGAAGGGGGACGCAGAUGCAGCAGCGCGGAGGCAUCGUGCAGUGGGCGCCGUCGGCCGCGGCGGGGGGAGGCGGAGGAUGGGGGGGCGCAGCGGCGGAAGAGGGGGAGGACGGCGUUGCGCGGAAGGGGUUUUCGCGGUGGACUGUACGCGCAGUAAGGUUCUUCGGUUUGGCGCCGGGAUGGGCGCAAGUGGGCGUGCGGAUGUGCUGGCUCGCGCUGGGACUGGGGCUCGCGAUGGUGGCCUUUUGGGGAAGCUACUUGGUGCAGCGGAACAGCGCAAAGGAAGCCAUUUUCAACCAGUGUGUCGAUUGGUCGGUUCAGCUGCAAAUGUCGUUCGAAACAGCCUCGCACGAGGCCCAGCUGUUGGCCAGCCUUGUGACCGUGUUCUACUUUGGAAAGCAGGGAGUCUCAGCUUUGGACGAGCCCACCUUCCAGGACUACAUCAAUCAGACGCACUUGUCGCGUCCAUUCGUCUCCAGCAUUGGCUUUGCUGCGUUUGUCAACAGCACAGAACGGCCCGCGUUCGAGGCAUUCAUGAAAACGGAGCAGCAGCAGCAGCAGCAGCAGCAAGAACAACAACGGCAGCAGCAAGAUUUCCCUAGCAGCUGUAUACACUACUCCAACGGCUCGUGCGUGCAGCAGCAACCGCUCUACGCGCCUCUCCUCUUCACUGACCGCUAUGUCGCCACUCCCGCCCACUCACUGCUGGGACUGGACAUGCUCUCAUUUCCUGAGUUGAUGGAAGCCACACAAGGUGUUCCACGAGCCGGCCCUUCCGGUCUGUUGGCAGCACCACCCGAGGGCCAGCCUUGGGAUGUGGAGAUCAAGCUCUUCCCCGUCUACCGCAAUUCAACCGCUGCUGCUGCUGCUGCCGCCACCGCUGCUGCUGCUGCUGCUGCUGCUACUGCUGCUGCUUCUGCUGCUGCUAGUGGUGUUCCCGCCACUGCGGGUGGUAGUUCUGUUGCUGCUGGUGCUGCUGCCUUUGGUGCCAGUUCUGCAAGUGCAAAAGCGCCUGGCCUGGCGUCAGAGGGUGAAUUAGACGAGCAGAUAGGAGGGCUCAUAGUGGCAACCUUCGACGUGCCAAGGAUGUGGGCGCCCGUCUUUCAGUCGCACCAUCCGAUGACCAAAGCGGUGGUGGGCCACGUGUUUGACUCCACAGCCGGCAGGCGGCGGCUGGUGGUAGAUGGAGGCAAGGGGAGCAGCAGUGGCACUAGCAGCAGUGGCACUAGCAGCAGUGGCACGAGCAGCAGUGGCACGAGCAGCAGUGCGCCGCAGGAGGCAAAGGGAUCGUCUUUCCCUGCGGAGACACGUCCACUGAACCUUGGGAACUCGCUGCGUACUUUUGAACUGGAAUGCACGUACGACUCAUCCCCUAUCUCGUACCUGUGGCCGUCCCUCUGGGCGCUCUUGGUGGUUGUGCUCUACUCGCUGCUCGCCCUGCUCGUCUGGGCGGUGUGCUGCCAUUUCGUGCGUCUGGAGCGGGACUACCAGCGCCUGCAGCGUCUCAAGGACAAGAUGAAGGGCGCUAAGCUGGUGGCGGAGCACGCCGCCAAGGCCAAGAGCAACUUCCUCGCGGUCAUGUCGCACGAGCUGCGCACGCCACUGAAUGCCGUCAUAGGCAUGAUGAAUCUACUGGUCGACACGCCGCUAGACGCCACUCAGCUAGAUUACGCCGAGACGGCUCGAACUAGCGGGCGGGCACUUGUGUCUCUCAUCAACGACAUCCUUGACCUGUCUAAGAUUGAGGCCAAUCGCAUGGUGCUAGAAAGAGCCCCCCUGGAUAUUCGACGGGACGUGGACGAGGUGCUGACCAUGUUUGUGGAGCGAUUCCGGGAGAAGCCCCAGGUGGAGGUGGCCGCCUAUGUGGACCCAUCGGUGCCGCAGCUGGUGCUGGGGGACUCCCUCAGGCUCAGACAGGUGCUGAUCAACGUGCUGUCCAACGCAUGCAAGUUCACCGAACGUGGUCACAUUCUGGUGUGCGUGCGCACGGCCUCCUUCAAUGAGGACAUCCGCCGCGUCAUCGUGCUCAAAGGCGUCGCCAAGCGCACGCCCACACCCGCCCCCGUGUCUGCCGCCGCCGCCGCUGCCGCUGCUGCUAGAGUCUCUCCUGCUGCUGCUGCUGGUGCUGCUGCUGCUGCUGCUGCUGCUGCUGGAGGUGCCUCCUCUACUGCUGGCAGAAAGGGGGCAGUCCACUCAGCAGGAGCAGCAGCCGUAACAGGGGAAAGAGAAUCGGCGUCAGCAGCAGCUGCAGGUGCAAGUGUGUCCGACACAAGGUAUGCCAGCCAAGUGGCCCCUCUGCCCUUGGCCAACCACCACCAAACCAGCGGUCCAAAACCAGAAACCACCAGCUUACCCAGGCGAAACUCCCAGGGUAAUCAGAGCGUGACACGUGGCAGGGGGGCAGGGGGAGAGGCAGAGGGAGGCGCAACUGCGGGAGGUGGUUGGCGGACGUCUAUAGAGUGGUCCCCUGUGCAGGUAGGGACAACGGGUGGGGGGAUUGCCAGGGGGAGUGUUAGGGGGAGCACCUGGGGGAGUGACAGGGCGAGUGACAGGGCGAGUCGAAGAGGAGGGGAGAGGGAAGGGCUUAGCCGAGGGGGAAAGGGCAGUUUCAAUGAGCGGGAAAGAGGCGGGUUGGGGCGGAGCGGGAGUCCAUUCUUGGGUGCUGUUGGUGCUGGUGGUGCUGGUGGUGCUGGUGGUGCUGGUGCUGCUUCACCAUCUUCUUCCCGUUCUGCCUUUGCUGCUGUCACCACAACUGCUGCUGGCGCUACCACCCCUACUGCCUCACCAUUACCGUCAGCAGCACCAUUAGCAUCACCAUCAGCAGCAGCAGCAGGAGGAGGAGGAGGAGGAGGAGCAAGAGGAGCAGCUUCUUCCCCCGUCCCUGCAUCAAGCACGACGCUGAGUGGCCUGGAGGCGGUGGACUCAUGCAACAGCUGGACUAACAUCUGUGCCAUGCGCGCCCAAGCCAAAGCCGCGGCCGCACAGCAACAGGCGCGCCUCACUGCCUCAGUCUCCUCUGCCUCUGCCGCCUCUGCGGGUGCUGCUGCCACUGCCAGCACCAGUGCUAACCAAAGAUCUGGUAACCGCAGCGCCGUCGUAACCGUUCUGCAGAGGAGUGUCCGUUUAGUAAUCUCAGUGGAAGACACGGGCGUGGGCAUCCCCUACGGAAUCCAGCGCCACAUCUUCAAGCCCUUUGUGCAGGCCGACGCGUCCAACACGCGCACGCACGGCGGCACGGGGAUCGGCCUCGCAAUCUCGCGCCAGCUCGUGAAGCUCAUGGGCGGGCAGCUCACGUUUUCGAGUCAUCCUGGUGUGGGGACAACAUUCUAUUUUGAUGUUGUCGUGCCGUGUGCCAGUGCUGCGGAGGAGGCUGAUGUUGCCGCGGCACAGACGCCGAAUUCUACGGGAGGGAUGCGUGGGUUUCCGGGCGUUGGAGGGGCCGCGAGUACAGGUGAGAGCCGGGGAAGUGGUGGUGCGCGGUUGAAUGCGGUGGAGUUGCAGAUGGGGUUUGAUAGGAAUGCUUCGGCCAAGGAUCUGCAGGCGCUGGCGCAGUUGACGAGGGAGUCGAGUCGAGAGGCCGACUGGCACAAGCAGCUCCGCCCGGGGUGCCGCGACGGGCAGUUCCGAAACGUUUCGGCGCGGGUUUUGGAUGGGAACGCGGUGCGGCGGGCAGUUGUGGAAAAUUAUCUGGAGCAGGUUGGGGCGAGGGUUGUGGGAGAGGGGGCCGAGGGGGAGGGGGACAGGGAGCGGGGGGAGGGGGAUGGGGAAGGGAGGGGGGAGGGGAGGGGGGGAAAGCAGUGUAGAGUGGUGCUGGUUGAAGCCGAUUGGCUGCGCGUCCAGCAACACCUGCGCAGCGCUGCAGUCCCCACCAACAGCAGCGGCAGCAGCAGCAGCAACAGCGGCGGCGGAAACAGUGGCUCUAGAAUUUUUCCCAGAGACCCCAGUGGUAUCACCGUGCUGGCGGAUCCGAGUGGUAGCAGCCUCCCCAAGGACUCCAGUGCUAGCACGUUCCUGAGAGACCCCUCCCAGUGGGACGCGGCGAUUCUGGUGACGCAGGAGCGGUUGGAGGAGGGUGAGGCGCGGCGGCGGGGCUUUGACGCGGUGCUGGCGAAGCCAGUGAGGUACGCUGCGCUCAUGGGGUGCCUCGCUCAGGUCAUGGAGCGGAGCAAGGGGGGGGUGGGCGGGGUCGGGGGAGGGGUUGCUGAUGGGGGUGUGGAUGGGGGUGGGGGUAGGGAUGGGUAUGGGGGUGCUGAUGGGGGUGGGGUUGGUGAUGGGGUGGGUGUUGAUGCUGCUGGUGACGAUGGUGUUGGUGGUGCUGCUGCUGCUGCAGUUGAUGGUGGUAAGGCAGAUUCACAAGGGGAGUGGCACAGGCAGCAGACAGGUGCCAGCGGCACCUACAGCACCUACAGCAGCAGUGGCAGCAGCAAGACCGAAGGCGACAGAAGCAUGGAGGAUUUGACAGCAGAGGCAACUGAUGUCGCCUUCCCCCUCGCCUUUGCUGCAUCUGCUUCCGCAUCCAGCGACGCAUUCCGCUCGUUUUCGGGCCACCAAGGGAACGGCGUGGUUUCACCACGGGUGCAGGCGCCUGGCUUGGCACCUGGGUUCUCGACUGCGACGGAAGAAGAGUCCGAGCUGGUGCCUUUCAGUGGGUGCAUGGGGCUCAUGCGAGGAGACUCAGCAGGAGUUGGUUUUGCCCGCGCUGAGUCAGCACGGAGUGACUCGGCACGAGUCGACUCUACGCAGGUUGACUCGGCUCGUGCUUACGUAGAGCAACCGGGAUCAGCCAACGCGUUGGCAGAAGCAGCAGCCACUGGAGGAAGAGCAGUGGAUGUGGCUGCUGCUGCUGCUGCUGCUGCUGCUGCUGUUGGUGGUGCUGCUGCUGCUGCAGCUCCUGCUGGUGCUGGUGGCGGUAUUGCCUCUGCUCCGGGUGAUGUGGCUCCUGUUCCUCCUCCUGCUCCUCCUCCUGCUCUUGCUCCUGCUUCUGGCAGUGUUGCUGCUGCUGCCGGUGUUGUUGCUGCUGCUGCAGCUGCAGGUGCUGCUGCUGGUUCGUUGCGGAGAGCCAAGAGCGGGUUACCGGGCCUUGGUAGAGCAGAGAAGCCGGGGGCAGAAACGCAGGGGAUGGUGCGGCCGAUAACCCGAGAUGCCAGAACCGUCUCCGCGUCUCGUGCUGCUGUGGCUGCUGCUGUGGGUGUGGGAGGGGGGGGCGGAGGGGGUGCUGGUGUAGUGGCUAAUAAGCAGCAGCAGCAGCAGCAGAGGCCAAAGUCCGCGAGUUUCCAGAUGCUAGAAGAGGCUCUCAAGGACAUGUCGCUGCUGGUGGUGGACGACAACCUGGUGAAUCGCAAGGUGAUUGGGAAGAUGCUGCAGCGGUACGGAGUGGCAGUGGAGAUGGUGGAUGGGGGACGGAAGGCGAUUGAGCGGCUAGCCAAGGGCAACUGGGACAUUGACUGCGUGCUCAUGGAUAUUCAGAUGCCUGAGAUGGACGGGUUUGAGGCCACAGAAGCCAUCAGACGGCUUGAGAAGGAGAGGGAGAAGGAGAGGGAGGGGAGGGAAAGGGAGGAGAGGGAGAGGGAUAGUGAAGCCGUGCUGGAACAAGCACGUUGCUCUCAAGGGUCACAGGCACAGACACAGGAUGUGCCUUUGAGUCGCCUCAGUUCGCAAGGAUCACCGGCACGGACACAGGAUAUAGCUGAGGCUGUGGCUCUAUUGACCAAGGUAGGGAAACGAGCAGCACUGCCGGCUGCAGCAAACACGUUGCCAUCAGCAGCUGCAAGAGGCACAGCUGAAGCAGCUGCAAAGCAGCCCACCCCUCCUUUAUCCCCUCCCACUCUCACCUCCUCCAUCCCCCCCAUACAAGCACGAGCGCCAAAGUCACCCUUCCAGCCACUCUCCUCUCGAUCCGGAAUCUCCCCGCUGCCCCUCCUUAGAAGCACGCGUCACCGCAGGCACAUGAGCAGCGGUGACCUGGACGGCCUAACCCCAGGGUACAGCCCAUCCCAGGCAGGAGAAGCAGGGUCUAGGGUUUUGAGAGAGAGUCCCAGCGUGGGUGGAACAAGCGGGCAGGGAGGUGAGGGGGAGGUGAGAUCUGGGGCGGGUACUCCCAGGGCGGGUACUCCCAGGGCAGGGUUUUCUAGGUUGGUGGAGUUGGCCAGUCCCACUUGGGGUAGGCAGCAGUCGCUGGAGCGGCAUCCGUUGUUGGGAGGGCAGGAGGGGGCGCGGGGAGGGGAGAGAGGCGGGAAGAGGCAGGCUCAGCAGCAGCAGCAACAACUACAGACGCAGCAGCAACAGCAGCAUCAGAAGCGAAGUUCCGAAGCAGACAGGGUGUUGAUAUUCGCGUUGACUGCAGACAUUGGUGCAGGCACGAGGGAGCGGUGUGGGCAGGUGGGCAUGGAUGGGUACAUGACUAAGCCUGUGGAGGAGGAGCAGCUGUGCCGAGUCAUGCUGGGCCCUCUCAGACUGAGGAGGCAAAUGAAAAUGGGAGUGGGAGACACGAAAGAGUAGUGCUCUGAGUCAAACGAGUGGAUUAUUUUAACAUUGUACAAAGUCACUAGGGAAUCUUGUUAUUGUAAGAUGGCAUGUGAGGCACACAUGUUCUUGUAGCGAUGGAUUUUGUUGUAAUACUAUGAAUAUACUUCUUUGGCGCCG